AUGUUCACCCGUACGCUAUUGCAAAACAGAAAACUUGCUUCUCCUCAGCAACCAAUGAGAACUGCGACGAGAUUGUUGAGAACCUUCAAACAGGAGGAUCAACCAAGAUUGAGAAUCAAUUCUGUGGCUCCAAACUUCACAGCCAAUACCACACAGGGCCAAUUGAACUUCCAUGAGUAUUUGGGCAGCUCCUGGGGUGUGUUGUUCUCGCAUCCAGCAGACUUUACCCCAGUCUGUACUACAGAGUUAGGAGCAUUUGCGCGUUUGAAGCCAGAGUUUGACCAGCGUAACGUGAAGCUAAUUGGUCUCUCUGCCGAGGGGGUUGACAAGCACAACUCGUGGAUUAAGGAUAUUGAGGAGAUUUCGUCCUUGCAGAAGUUCAGCUUUCCUAUCGUGGGUGACGUGGAACGUGAAGUUGCAUUUCUUUACGAUAUGGUUGACGAGGAGGGCUUCAAGAAUUUGAGUGGCGGUAUUGUUGCUACUAUUCGUUCCGUGUAUGUUAUUGACCCAUCAAAGAAGAUCAGAUUAAUCAUUACGUAUCCUGCGUCUGUCGGCAGGAAUUCUGCUGAAGUUCUUCGGGUGAUUGACGCACUACAAAAGGGUGACGCCAAGGGUGUCGUAACUCCAGUUGAUUGGCAACCAGGUCAAGAUGUCAUCAUCCCACCUACGGUGUCAGAUGCUGAUGCCACCAAGAAGUUUGGUGAGUUUAAGACUGUGAAACCCUACUUGCGUUUCACCAAGGCUUAA